GCAUUCUGGAGGUGCAAUGGCCAAUCUGGAGAGGCUAUGAAGUAUGGCGGUCCUAGUGACGUAAGCGGGUGUGACGUAGGCCCUCUGUCCGGUGUGUGCGAUGCAACAACUCCGAAAGGAAGUCCCGCGCUGGUGGCGUUCUUGUCGGGAGAUCAAGCUAUACAAUGGAGCAGACAGAAAGCUCACACAAGGAAAAACGCAGUUUUAAAGUCAUCGACUGAUUUCUUCGGGUCGCAAGCGGAAACCUGCCUGGAUUACUUUGAGAAGGACUGGAGUGAAGAGCUAUUCAUAGAGGGCGCUUUAGCAGCAGUCAGUACAGGAGCACUGCGAAACUUUGCUGCUGGUCUCCAGGAACCGCAGGGGAGGUCACUAUCGUCUCGUAUUUGUGUUUGCCUAACAGAAACCUCUGGGAAGGUUCAAUGAAAGUGUGAUUGUAUAAAACUAUAGGGAGACAGAGUGUGUUGCACAGUUGUCUCUCUACAGGACCCCUAGUGGGAGGGGAUUGGGGUUAUUUUACUACAUGUUGAAGUUUCGAUAUUUACCAGGGGAGACUAUUCAUAGUGAUAUCGAGCUGUCUGUGUAUGGGAACCUUGGGGGAGGCAAUAUGUCGUCAAAACACACUCAGAGAAAAUCAGGGAAUAAGUUAACUAAUAUUGUGUUGUCUCUUCUGUUUUGAUUUGGAUUUAACGUUUAUUAUUUAACUAGAAACCUGCAGGGAUAUUUGGUUUCUCAAAUAGUGAUGUAUUCGCAGUACAUGCUUCGCUUUCCCAAAUUACUUCAACCUGGAUAGG